AUGGGUAAAGAAAAAACACAUAUUAAUAUCGUCGUUAUUGGUCACGUAGAUGCUGGUAAAUCAACCACCACUGGUCAUUUAAUCUACAAAUGUGGUGGUAUCGAUAAAAGAGUUAUCGAAAAAUACGAAAAGGAAGCUUCUGAAAUGGGUAAACAAUCAUUCAAAUAUGCUUGGGUUAUGGAUAAAUUAAAAGCUGAACGUGAAAGAGGUAUUACCAUCGAUAUUGCUUUAUGGAAAUUCGAAACCUCAAAAUACUACUUCACCAUUAUUGAUGCUCCAGGUCACAGAGAUUUCAUCAAGAAUAUGAUUACUGGUACCUCACAAGCCGAUUGUGCUGUCUUAGUCAUUGCCUCCCCAACUGGUGAGUUCGAAGCUGGUAUUGCCAAGAACGGUCAAACUCGUGAACACGCUCUCCUUGCUUACACUUUAGGUGUCAAACAAAUGAUCGUUGCUAUCAACAAGAUGGAUGAAAAAUCAACCAACUACUCACAAGCCCGUUACGACGAAAUUGUCAAAGAAGUUUCAUCUUUCAUUAAAAAGAUUGGUUACAACCCAGAAAAAGUUGCCUUCGUCCCAAUUUCAGGUUGGAAUGGUGAUAACAUGUUAGAAAGAUCCGACAAAAUGGAAUGGUACAAAGGUCCAACUUUAUUAGAAGCCCUCGAUGCCAUCGUCGAACCAAAACGUCCACACGAUAAACCAUUACGUAUUCCAUUACAAGAUGUCUACAAGAUCGGUGGUAUCGGUACUGUUCCAGUAGGUCGUGUCGAAACUGGUAUCAUUAAACCAGGUAUGGUCGUCACCUUUGCCCCAGCUGGUCUCUCAACUGAAGUUAAAUCAGUCGAAAUGCAUCACGAACAACUCCCAGAAGCCCGUCCAGGUGACAAUGUAGGUUUCAACGUUAAAAACGUUUCAGUCAAAGAAAUUAAAAGAGGUAUGGUCGCUGGUGACUCCAAAAACGAUCCACCACAAGAAACUGAAAAAUUCGUUGCUCAAGUUAUCGUCCUCAACCAUCCAGGUCAAAUCCAUGCUGGUUACUCACCAGUCUUAGAUUGUCACACUGCUCACAUUGCCUGUAAAUUCACUGAAAUCGUCGAUAAAGUUGAUCGUCGUACUGGUGCCGUCGUUGCCAAAGAAGGUACUGCCGCCGUCGUCUUAAAGAAUGGUGAUGCUGCUAUGGUCGAAUUAACCCCAUCUCGUCCAAUGUGUGUUGAAUCAUUCACUGAAUACCCACCAUUAGGUCGUUUCGCCGUCAGAGAUAUGAGACAAACCGUUGCCGUCGGUGUCAUCAAAUCAACCGUCAAGAAAGCCCCAGGUAAAGCAGGUGAUAAGAAAGGUGCUGCUGCUCCAUCAAAGAAGAAAUAA